GCGUCUAGAUUCAAACUAGUCGGCGGUUAAGAAAAAAAACACAAGAAGCAGCGAGGACAGAAGUCUUAUUCAACCAAACUAAACAUUCUAAAAUCGACUAAAGAUGUCGAAGACGCUGAAGGGAAUCACGCUGAAGGGGAGCGCGGAGCUUGUUGCAGAGUUUUUCUCAUUUGGUAUCAACAGCAUCCUGUACCAGCGAGGAAUUUACCCAGCAGAGACCUUCACCAGAGUCACGCAGUAUGACAUGAGCCUUCAACUGACCACAGAUACCAAACUGAAGAAUUACCUCACUAAUGUCAUCUCACAACUCAAAGAAUGGUUGUUUGAGUGCACAGUUCAGAAACUGGUGGUGGUCAUCACAUGUCUGGAGACCAAUGAGGUGCUUGAGCGAUGGCAGUUUGAUAUUCAGUGCGACAAGACGGCAAAGGAGAGCAGUGCACCCAGGGAGAAGUCUAUUAAAGCUAUCCAAGAGGAAAUUCGCUCUGUUAUCAGACAGAUCACUGCCACAGUCACCUUCUUACCAUUGCUAGAAACUGCCUGUGCCUUCGACCUUCUUAUCUACACAGACAAAGACCUUGAGGUACCUGAGCAAUGGGAGGAGUCUGGGCCUCAACUAAUCGACCAAUCAGAAGAGGUGCGCCUGCGUUCCUUUACAACUUCUAUUCAUAAGGUGAACAGUAUGGUGGCCUACAAGAGGACAAACUCCAUGUGAUUGCUCUUCUGUUUUUUCAGUCUUCUGUACAUAUCUAUAUAAAGCUCUUCUUUCUUAUUUUUCUUUGUUGUCAUUUUAACGAAUGUAUUUCCCAAUACAUAAAAUAAAUGUCUCGUUUCCAA